GAAUGUGUUGUUUUGGCUAAUACUGCUCUUUAAGUCUCAGACAACAGCUAAACUGUCAGCUAAUUACCCCCUGGGUCCCAGGCUUUCACUAAAAUACACAAACCAAAGUGAAUGCAGGAUGCCAUUAGCACUACAUAAUUCAAGUAAACAAUAAAUCUGUUUACUCUGCCUGGCUACCGACCACCUGCCUCCCCAAUCCCACAAGGCAGGUAUCUAUAUAUAGGAUUUCCUUGUUUCAAGUCCUGCAGAGACUGAGCCUCUCCUUGGGCCUCAUCAUCCCUUGGGCCCCAACAGGAUGCAUCUCCUACUACUUCAGUUGCUGGUGCUCUUGCCUCUGGGGACAGCAGGAUGGCACCAAGAUGGCCACCAGAGUCAGCAUUCUUUCUUCCCUGCACUUGUAGAAAGGAGUCGCAGAGAGCUCCCAACCGGCAACCACGAGGAGGCUGAGGAGAAGCCAGAUCUAUUUGUGGCAAUGCCACACCUGGUGGGCACCAGCCCUGCCGUGGAAGGCCAGAAACAGACAGAGAAGAUGCUGUCCAGGUUUGGCAGGUUCUGGAAGCAGCCUGAAAAAGAACUGCACCUGCCUGGGGAUUCCGUCAGUGGGCACUUCCCACCUGGGACCCAGGCCAUCACUCAGCCAAUGGACGGGAAAGAAAUGGAGAAAUCUCCUCUUCGGGAAGAGGCCAAGAAAUUCUGGCACUACUUCAUGUUCAGAAAGAGCCCGGCUUCUCAGGGGGUCAUCUUGCCCAUCAAAAGCCACGAAGUACAUCGGGAGACCUGUAGGACAGUGCCCUUCAGCCAGACUAUCACCCAUGAAGACUGUGAGAAAGUAAUUGUCCAGAACAACCUUUGCUUUGGGAAGUGUGGGUCUGUUCAUCCUCCUGGAGCUGUGCAGCACCCCCAUACCUUCUGCUCACACUGCUUGCCUACCAAGUUCACCAUGAUGCACUUGCAGCUGAACUGCACUGGCCUGGCCCCCGUGGUCAAGGAGGUGAUGCUGGUGGAGGAGUGCCAGUGCCAGGUAAAGAUGGAUCCCAGAGAUGGACACCUUGAACAGGCUGGCUCUCAGGCAGAAUUCCACACUCAGGAUUCCUUUAUUCCUGGAUUUUCAACUUAA